UCUUAGACGUUCUUUGUUUUUUUAGCGGAGGGGUAUAUCGAGAAGAGCAUAUUUUUUGAGUGGAGGGGUUCAUUGUGAAAAAGAGGUCUUGGUCUUUCGCACGUGGAGAACUCACUCGUGCACCUCGUGCAUCGACGCUGGUUCGAGACACAACCAUCAUUCUGAUAUACGAAGUGCUUAUAGUGAGAAAGAAGAAAUGUCACAACAUCUCUCGGGCAAGAGGAAGCGCGAGGAUGAAGAAGAAGAUACAAUCAUAUUUAAAGACGUGGAAUUGUUACAAGAUCUUGGGGAAUCUUUGGACGUUGAAAGUGAAGAAACAUACACUUGUACGUCCGCAGCUCCGAAGAAAAAAACAAUAGUGCAACGCGUCCGGGAGGUAAAAGAUGGUCUGAAUAUAUUAGCUGGGGCUGUAGAGAAGUUAAUUGCUGGUCAAGAAAAAAUUGUAGCUGGUCAAGAAAAAAUUAUAGCUGAUCAAGCAAAAAUUGUAGCUGGUCAAGAAAAAAUUGUAGCUGAUCAAGAGUAA